CUAAACGCAUGCAGCAGCGCAUUCUCCAUUUUCAAUUACAUUUUAAAUUCGACAUUAAAUUUGCACAUGCAAAAUGAGCUACCACCUUUUUUGUAAAGAUUUAAAAGGUAAGACAAAAGAUAUAUCUGAAUUCGGAGGAAAUGAAGAACAUGGAUGUUUUAGAGUUGAAAAGAAGAAUCGACCCCGGAAAGGAAGACCAAAUCAGAUUAAUCUUCGCGGGCAAAGAACUGGAAGAUGGUCAUACACUUGGUUCUUAUAACAUACAAAACGAAUCUACUCUUCAUGUAGUUCAACAUCUACGUGGUGGAGGUCUUCCUCCACCUGAAGAUGAAGAUGUAGAAAUGCCCAGGACUGAAUCUAUGGAAAAAUUAGCUCCAAUGCAGCAGACUGAGCCAGAAUCCAGUGGAUCAUGUUGGAUAUUGUAGUUCAGUGCUUUCCAGUACAGCAUCAUAUAAUAUAAAUCCCAUACAUAUGUUCAUACUGUGAGCUCAUCAGUAAAAUAUCAUUCAAAUUUAUUAUCAUAAAAUACACUAUCACAUAAUCUUCUCUGAUUUCAGCUUUUAAAAUAAAAUAUUUCAUGACACAAGUGAAUUUAUAAUGGAAACCUUGUACCAAUAUGAAAAAUAGGAAACAGUACGGCACAAUAAAUGACUCAACCAGACCAAAAACAUAUGUAAAGAAUCAGCAGUUAACAGAAUAACAACCCUUCAGUGCAGCGUCCAUAGAGAACACAGAUUCACACUGUCUCUGCAGAAGAUCUCAAUGAAGGCUGAUACUUCCAUUACUAGCAUUUCUCAUGUUAAUGCCUCUGAGAUGAAUCACUUCCCGCUUCUGUAUUUGUAAGUCGCUUUAGAUAAAAGCGUCUGCUAAUAAAAGUAAAUGUACAUUUAGUAGAGAAUAUAUUCCAGCAGUUCAGAAUUUGGUUACACUAUAGAGACUCUAUUGUAUAAGUAACUUUGCAACUACGUCAACUCAUCAGAAUAUUAGUAGACUGGUUAAGAUGGGGUUUGUAAAAUAAGUUACUUAUAAUCAGUAGAAUGUCCAUCAAAGUGUCAGCAGAUAUGAAGAAGACAGUCUACUGAUACUCUAAUGACUGCGAGUUGACAUGGAGUGACUGAAAAGAAAAGUUGUUUCAGAGGUGAAGCCAGUUAAUAGUUUAUUAUGAAAGAUUAUGAAGACAAACAUUGUGCUUUUAUAUAAUAACAUAUCAGUAAGAGCAUUCCCUGUUAUAAAUACCCUUGUGUCACAAAAUAUUUUACUUUUACUUAAGUGCCUGAAAUCAGAACAUACGACAUGAUAAUGAAUUUUACAGUAGUAAAUUUGAACAAAAUAUGAACAGUGUUUAGGGCUCCAUUAAUAGGGCUUUAUAGUCCCAAUAAGGCAGCAUCCAUUUAAUAAAAAUGGUAAUUUACACUCAAUAUGUUAUUACUGCAUACAGUUUUAUAAUGUACUACAAUAAUGAGGUGCAGAUGUCUGCCACUAUUUGCAAUAAGUAUAAACAGCUCUAACUAUUAGCCCAUUUAAACUUUUUUGCAAAGAUUCUGCUGUUUUUACAUAGUGUGAAUAGACAUCUAUCGUUAUUUGCGCCAAAGACUUUAUAUAGGAAGACUGUGCACUCCUAUUUUUUUAUGAAUGGGUGAAAGUGUAACGCCCAAUAUGGCGAAUAAGCCCCGCCUUCUACGUGAAAUAACCAAUCCUUGAUUAAUAAAGUCAUCGCGCGUCAUUACAGCUGCCGUUAGAAACUGCGCAUGCGCGUUGGCUGGUUUAGCAUCAAAACAACUAUCGCUAUUUGCAUUAUAUUAUAUUAUUAUUUUAUGUCUGUUUUUAUACACAAAUUAUGGUUGAACAAAGUUUUUAGGGCAGCUUCUCAAAAUCAGACUUAUAUGUUUUACUCUAUAUACAAUUUAUUGAAAUUUUGGUCAAAAUAUUGGUUUGUUUCCAUUUUUACCUGAGUUUUAUGCUUUAUAAUUAUAGUUUAUAUUUACUACAUAUCGUGUGAGAACAUGGCUGCUAUGUGACAUAUGCUGGAUAUUCAUACAGUGAGAUGUUUACAUUCUUAUUUCCGGAGCCAUAACAGUAAAAUGUUCAAAGUUUUGCUUGUUAUAAAAAUUUCACAGUUAUAUAUAAAUUGACAGAAAUUAGCCCAGGUCUUUCUUACCAUUAAACUGUACAAAAAUGAUAAAUACUUUGAGCUUAUAUCUUGUGUGUUGUGUUUUCAGGAGUAUAAGUAGACUCCUUAUAUUAUUAAUCAAUAAAUUGUAUUAUUAAUCAAUAAAUUAAUCAACA